AUGACAUAUGCGGACUUAAAAGAACAGAAGAAACGAAUUGACGAAGCUAUCGAGCAAAGAGCGAGAUCACGAGAAAGUUCAACGGCAGAUUCAUCUCGUAGUAGCGUCAAACGGAACAGAUCGCAGACGACAAGUUCUAAAUCAACGGAGAAGGGACAUCAGACUAAAAAGUUGACGGCGAGUAAGGAACCGCCGAAAGAAAAAGAGAUGCCGGUACCAGUGAAGCCCACGGCGAGUAAGGCACCGCCGAAGGCGCAAGAGACGUCGGUAGUUCCGGUGACACCCUCGGCAGAAGAGGAAGGUCUUGCCGGUGAAGGUGAAUAUGAAGAACAGAUGGAAGCCGAAGACGCUCCAUCAGGCGAAAAUGCCCUCAGAUGGAAGAUGAACCAGUUGAUGAAAAUAACCCGAGACGAUCGAUGCAACGAGCGAUCGCGAUCAUCCAAGGAGCAGAUCACAAGGUAUGUAACGAUGAACUGCGAUCGAUGUCACCCACCUGAGGAAUCCGAAACUGACGGAGAUGAAGAUGAUGAGGAGGAUACGGUUCAGGAAGACUCAGAAGACGAUGAUCCAGCGCCAAGAUCGUCCAAGGACGAAUCCAAAUCGAAAUCGUCUAAAGAGGAGUCGAAACCAAGCUCAUCUAAAACUGACACAAAAUCAAAAAAGUCGGAGAAAUCAGACAAAGGGACUGAUGAACCCGGAAAGACGGGUACGGAAAAGUCGAGAGGGAAAUCACAGAAAGAUCAGAAACAAAAAGCGGGAAAAAGGAAGGACCAUUCCCCAUCUGACGAUGAAGAUAUCGUGAGCGAGGAAUCAGAAGAGGAUGAUGAAGUCCUCGAAAUUGACGAGAGCUUGAAAUCGUCGACGACCACACCGAAAAAGGGUGUUAUACAAUCAGCAACCUCGCCGGAAGAAAAACCGAAAUCUAUCGCGAUAAAGAGGGCGAUCAAUAUGGGAGAGAUUAUGGCAGCGUCGACUCAAAAAGAACGCAGAGAGAAGGCGCAGAAGGAAAAAGGAAACGUGACAUCCCGCGAGUCGACAGCAUCAGAGCGAAGUGAUGGAAAACUCCCAAUUCCUCAGCGCAACGAUCCAGAAACUCCCAUGCUGAAUGUGAUCUUACAGAAGGGAGAUCAGAAACGGGCUGCCAAGGAAAAGAUCAAGGCAGAUAAGUUGAAGAAGUCGCUAACGCCGAGCGACAUUAUGGGACUAGAUUACGAAUCGGAUAAUGAACCAGAACAAGAUCCACCCACAACGUCGGGACAAGCAGCCACAACGAGCCAACAGUCACAUGGUGAGAAAACGAAAGCCGUAACUCUCAUGGAUAAGCUGACGGCACAAACCGAAGCGGAAUUGGAAGAAAUGCGCCGUCGUCAACAACAGGCACCGCUGUUGCCAACAUCGAAGCAAGCAAAAACUAGUGGCGGCAAAUCGAAAACCGAUCUAACCUCCCAAGAAGAGGGAGUAGCAGCUGAAGAAACAUCGAAGGAUGAUGAGACGGACUCAGCUCCCACCCAGAGAAACGAACCCAAAUCGACGAAAUGGUCAUAUUACCUCCCAAAACCAACGCUUCACCCUCGACUGAAGAUGGAACUGAAAUAUUGGAAAAUCGCCAUUACCGAUGCGGCAAUGCCGAGACUUGGCGGAUCGAUGGGAGUCACAUGGGAUGACCUAUCAAACUUCUUUGCCGUUAACUACGAGCUGGGAAUUUACAACAUCGAAAGAGAUCGGGAUGUAAUCAGACAAGCAGUGGAAAGUCUUCUCGAUGAUAAUCUCCUUGAGAUUAAAAACAAGCGAAUUUAUUCGAAACCCGAGGAGCUCCCCGAAGAUACUCCAGAGAAGGAGAUCGUGGACUCGGCGAACAUUCCGGCAUCCCAGGAACAUCCGGCAUCCGCCGAGCCCGCAGCUGGCGAUGCUCAAACGAAAUCAGCUGAAACUGGGGAUACGGUGUCAGCAGCGACUGAAACAGUGGAGUCGGCUGACACAUCAGCAAAAGAGUGA